GGUGUGGACUUGACUGGACUGGGGGAAGUGUGACGAGGUUUCGAUGUCGGCCCAAAAAGGGUGACGUCACACCCGUUGUUUCGAAUGACGUUGAGAGAAGCAGGCCGCACGCGCAUAGCAGGAACCUACUCUGUCAGAUUUCUGUGGAUCAAGGUCGUCGAUUUCUACUCAAUCACACGGAAAUACGGAAAAAAGUCAUAUGGGUCAGGAAUGACAUCAAGGAUCGCCCUCUCCCGUUCCCCUUACCCCCCCUUCUCAAACAGCAUGGCUCAGGAGACAAAUCAGACGCAGGUGCCAAUGCUUUGCACUAUGGGAUGCGGUUUCUAUGGUAAUCCUCGCACCAAUGGAAUGUGCUCUGUCUGCUACAAGGAACAUCUGCAGAGACAACAAGGAGGGGGACGAAACAGUCCCCCAGGUGAGAAAGCUGCCACAUCUCCUGUAGGUUCCCCAGGUGCGUCUGCGGUAAUGGUGGAGUCCACCCCUGUACCCACUACAGAAGCCGCUACCCUACCUGAAGAGCGCACGUCUAGUAGUUCGCCCAGCCCGGUAACCCAGCAGAUGACGGCUAUGAGCAUCUCCCAGGACACAGCAACCACUGAUUCAGACAGAGCGGAAGUAGAGGAGGAAGAGGAGGAGGGAUCCUCUAAAAGCACAGGGCCAGUAGGGGAAGCUGCACAGGCUUCUUCAGACGGAGAUCAGACUCCUGACAAGAGCAAAAAGAAGAAUCGAUGCUUCACUUGUAGGAAAAAAGUUGGCCUCACGGGCUUUGACUGUCGCUGCGGUAACCUGUUUUGCGCUAUCCACCGUUAUUCUGACAAACAUGACUGUCCCUACGACUACCGAGGAGCCGCUGCCGCCCGCAUCCGCAAGGAGAACCCCAUCGUUGUAGCUGAGAAGAUUCAGAAGUUAUGAGGACUGACAGCUAAACGAGCAAAAAUUGUUUGACCUGCAAGUCUUGGAACAAUGGCGCUGAAUAACACCAUUCUAAACUGGGUUCAUGUCUUCAUUGUAGGAUAAGGUGGGUGGGGUUGUAGGGUACAGCCCCUGCUUGGCCACUCCCUAAACUAUCAUCUCCCUGUCUCUCCCAGAAGGCCGGUGUAGAGGUGUGUGUGUGUGUGUGUGUGAGAGAGAGUGAAUGUGUGACAGGUUGUGAGAUGUGUGGUUUUUUUUUUUCUUCUUUUUUUUUUCUAGAGAGCCAGGGAGAAGAGGGAUUGGUUGUCAGGUGGGCAUCCAUGUGCACCGGGGGGAGGGUGGACUCUUUAGUUUUUACCCUGGCAUUGAUUUUUGUUAGGAUAUUAACAUUAUUUUUUUAUAGGAGCCCUGUGAAGUGGGAUCAGGAGUCCAAUUGGAAAGGGUGGGUGGGUCAUCGAGAGGAAAUUUCUCUGAUAUUGCAUUGAAGAAUAUAGAUUUUAAUGACUACUCCCACAUUUACCCAUGUAAAAAAUCUUUUACUGUGUAAUUCUUUUUUUCUUUAUUCUGAUGAAUUAUCCCGACAUGUCAAAUCCCAGCCUGUGCAUUUAAAAUCUAUUUCUCUUUUAUAUAUUGACUUAUCAUGCUAAUGUUGGGUGCAUGAAUAGUUAUCGGAUGGGGUUUGAAGGGGGGAGGGGUGGGGUGUAGCAAAAGCCUUGACAUAAGCGAGCGACUGAGGUUUUUUUUUUGUUUGUUUUUCCUUUUCUGUUUUAAUGAGUGUAUGGCAUCAGAAGAUCUAUAUUAAUAUAUUGUACGUAGCUUGAAUUGUGUGAUUGCAUUCUAUUUAUUUU